CGAGAGAGAAAAUCACAACACAGGCAGAUAGACAGCAACAGACACGAAGCGGGGAUUUGAGAUAGGACCAAAUAGACUAAAGAGGGAGUUGGCGAUUGAGAAAGUGAGAGAGAUAGGGUCAAUACACCGGGCGAAACGGGGACAUAUUGAUUUGAUGAAUAUUGCGUCAAAAUCGGUUAGAAUAACUCUCUGUGUUCCCUGAGUGACGGGAAGAGAGAUAACACACGCACGCACACACACCGUCCGGAGUCCGAAAAUGGAGGGCAUGGCAUAUGGAGCUGGGAAGGCUGGAGGUGCUUUCAACCCUAUAACGUUCUUCCAGCAGCCACACACCAUCCUCCGGAUCCUCUCUUGGUCCACAGCAUCUUAUUCCAAAAUGAAGCUGGCUUGUCCAAAUGUGCGUUUGCAUACCUCUAGCGACUCUGUUUGUGGCGUGUGUGCAGAAAAGGCUUCUUCCGCAUCACUCUCCCAUACAGCUUCUUUUUUCUCUAUUGUGAUCUUUGGUUCUAUAGCCAACGAGGGUUACGUGAACCGACCGGACGAGGCCCAGGAGUUCUGUAUUUUCAACAGGAACCAGAAUGCGUGUAACUAUGGACUGUUCAUGGGAACCUUGGCCUUUCUCUGCUGUCUGGUCUUCCUGGCCCUGGAUGUCUACUUCCCACAGAUCAGCUCCGUCAAGGACCGCAAGAAGGCUGUACUGGCAGACGUAGGGGUUUCAGCAUUCUGGUCCUUCAUGUGGUUCGUGGGGUUCUGUUUCCUGACCAACCAAUGGCAGGUGGCGAAGCAGGAGGACAACCCCCUGAGGGAGGGAGGGGAUGCCGCUCGUGCUGCUAUCACCUUCGCCUUCUUCUCCAUAUUCACCUGGGGUGGGCUGACUCUCUUCUCCAUGGAGAGGCUAAAGAGUGUGUCCUUCCAAGAGGAAUACCAGAAGCUGUUCACCCCUCAGCCCCCCAUCCCACUAAUAUAAUCUGUGUUCUUCUAAUAACCUUCCAGCUCCCUUUGCUUUUAAAACUGCAGUCUGCAAUUACAACUUUUCACCCCCAGCCCCCCAUCCCACUAAUAUAAUAUAAUAUGUUGUUUUAGUAGGAAACCUAGAUCUCCAAUCCCUCUGCAGCUAACCUCCUUAUUGCUUCUAGUCAGACGCUGCUGUGACUGUGAUAUCUCUGUAUGACACACACACACACACACACACACACACACACACGCAGACACACAGAUACACACACACAGCGUAGGCAGGCAUCUACGGUAGGCUACCUCCACCAUUUUGUGAAAGGCUGGCGAAUUAGUUUGGUGUCUUUAUAACUCAAAAGCCUUUAAAAUGCUUUAGCUAUUCAAUAAAUAUGCACAUUUAGUGAAAAUACAUUUUUUAUCACAGUUACUGCAUAUCUUCUUGUGCUCUUGUCUUUUUUUAUCUGACGAGUGUGAAUGAUUGUUUGUUUUUACCAAACCAAAGAGUGAGAUGUGAAUGGCUAAACGACUGCUUUGAUAACUAACUGACCUGAGUGACUCAAGGCUCGUGUCUCAAAGGGCACCCUAUUCCCUAUGUAGUGCACUACUUUAGACCAAAACCCUAUUCCCUAUGUAGUGCACUACUUUAGACCAGAACCCUAUUCCCUAUGUAGUGCACUACUUUAGACCAGAACCCUAUUCCCUAUGUAGUGCACUACUUUAGACCAGGGCCCUAUUCCCUAUGUAGUGCUCUACUUUAGACCAGAGCCCUAUUCCCUAUGUAGUGCACUACUUUAGACCAGAGCCCUAUUCCCUAUGUAGUGCACUACUUUAGACCAGAGCCAUAUUCCCUAUGUAGUGCACUACUUUAGACCAGAGCCCUAUUCCCUAUGUAGUGCACUACUUUAGACCAGAGCUAUAAAGGGAAAAGGGUGCAAUUUGGGACACAAACAAGCAAUCUAAUAAAGAUUUAACCUGGCUUUCCAGACAACUAAUUCAAUUCACUUACUUUUCUUUCUUUCUUUCACUCCCUUUCAAACCUAAUCCACAAAUGCUGCAUUUGUUUAUCAUCUCUUACACCUCUACCUAACCACACCCCAUCCACCCCAAACCUCCACUCUCUACGAUACCCAUCCACCGUUCAACUACCCCUUCAAAACAUCCCUUCCCAACCUACCCACUCCUCUCUACCUUACCCCUUAGCCUCCUCCACCUUCUUCACCCUCCUCCCUUCUAUUUACCUCCACCUCACCACCUAAUCUACACACCUCUACCUCUCUCUCCACCUACCCCAUCCCCACCCUAACCUCCUCAACCAUCCCACCGCACCUUCUUCACCCCACCUCCAUCCCUCUUCCCUUCAUCUCACCCCCAACCUACACCCCUCUACCUCCCCACCUCCCUCACAUUUCCCUUCAUCUCACCCCCCAACCUACACCCCUCUACCUCCCCACCUCCCUCCCAUUUCCCUUCAUCUCACCCCCAACCUACACCCCUCUACCUCCCCACCUCCCUCGCAUUUCCCUUCAUCUCACCCCCAACCUACACCCCUCUACCUCCCCACCUCCUUCCCUCUUCACUUCAUCUCACCCCCCAACCCCAACUAUGCCCUCCCACACCACUCUCUUCACCCACCUCCUCCCUCCCUCCCCAAGGCGGCCCAGUCCUUCUUCGGCUAUCAGAGGUACCAGCUGGGGGCAGACUCUGCUCUCUUCUCCCAGGACUACAUAGACCCCAGCCUGGAUGCUGGGGCGGCCGGGGACCCCUACACCUUCACGGCCGGGGGGGACGAUCUGGGACAAGGAGCCCCUGUGGGGGGGUCCUCCUAUCAGGGGAUGAACGGCGAGGGGGGUGGGGGGUACCAGGAGUACUGAGGGAGGACAGUGGGGAUGAAAGGAGGAUGGGGGAGUAGAGUGUUGAAGGGUAGGGAGCGGGAAGGAGUGAAAAAUGGAGGAGGCGUGGAAGGGGGAGCCAGGGCUUGGGGAGGACCAGAGGGAUGGAGGAAGGACAGGAGGAGGGGGGAGUGGUUGGAGGGAUGGAUGGAUGGAGAAGUGGAGGGAUGGAUGGAUGGAUGGAGAAGUGGAGGGAUGGAUGAUGGAGGGGGAGGAGUCAGGAUAAGUGUGUGUGUGUGUGCAGGGACAUUCAGUCAUAGAACUGACUUAUAACAGACUUUCAUUCAUUAGUUGGACCAAAGCAUAGUUCUUAGGCUGUAGCGAGAAGGCAAAGCUAUUGUGGUGUAGAUAGUUCAUCACAGCUACUACCAAAACAGAUCUCUUCAUCACAUAUAUAUUUUUUAUAGUUAGAAAAUUAGAAAUCCCAAGUUUCAAUGUACAUAAGAAUGCUUAAUAGAUGUUAAUGUUUUUCAUGUAUCAUUGGACAAAACAUGCCUCUAAGUAUACUGUAUAUUGAAACUAAUCUCUGACUGUAGUUUGACGUAGCCUAUCGACCGACUAAAUCUGUAAAUUAAUCUACCGGUUUGGGGUGUUCAAAAAUAACAUGACUAUAUUUAAGGGCAUUACUAUAUGCUUUCUGUAAAAAGUUUAACUUGGGCUACUCAGUCAGUAUGCUGUGUUAUUGUGCUCAGAUACAAGGAGAGGAACUAUUUUUAUCUCUCCCUUGACCUAUUUCCUUUCAGGGUCCAGAGAAUUCGUUUUUAUUUUGGAAUAAAAAUAAUUUCAGUUUUA